AUGGCGACCGAAACCUUCACGAUGACUCUCUCCGAGCGGCAGAGCAAGCCCAAAGUCGCAAAUUUACCCCCGGAGAAUGAGCGAGCUUUGAGGGCCUGCUCAGACAUCGUCAGCUUCCUUGUACAAGACCAUGAAGCGCAGCAAGAUGCAUCCGCGCCCAAGAAAGAUGUUAAUCUCAACAGCUUGCGUGCAAGGAUGUCCAAGAAGCAUAGGCUCACCAAUAUGCCAGCUCUGACAGCUAUCAUCGCUGCCAUUCCCGAGCAUUACAAAAAAUACAUCUUGCCAAAAUUGAUAGCUAAGCCCAUUAGAAGUGCCUCUGGUAUUGCGGUAGUCGCUGUCAUGUGUAAACCCCACAGAUGCCCACACAUUGCAUACACUGGAAAUAUUUGUGUCUAUUGUCCAGGUGGCCCAGAUUCUGAUUUUGAAUACUCUACACAGUCGUACACUGGCUACGAACCUACUUCUAUGCGAGCUAUUCGAGCACGAUAUGAUCCUUUCGAGCAGGCAAGAGGUAGGGUGGAUCAGAUCAAGUCGCUGGGACACAGUGUGGACAAGGUCGAAUAUAUUAUUAUGGGUGGGACAUUCAUGUCUUUGCCAGUCAGCUACCGAGAGAGUUUCAUCUCUCAGCUGCAUAAUGCACUCAGUGGAUAUCAAGGGACCAGUGUUGACGAGGCCGUGGAAGCCGGAGAAAUGAGUAACAUAAAGUGCGUGGGGAUUACAAUCGAAACUCGACCGGACUAUUGUCUGCCUACACAUUUGACCGAUAUGUUGCGAUACGGCUGUACUAGACUGGAAAUCGGUGUUCAGUCACUCUACGAGGAUGUGGCUCGGGAUACUAAUCGAGGACACACUGUUGCCUCUGUUGCUGAAACCUUUUGUUUCUCAAAGGAUGCAGGCUUCAAGGUAGUUAGCCACAUGAUGCCAGAUUUGCCCAAUGUCGGCAUGGAGAGAGAUUUGGAUCAGUUCAGAGAGUAUUUUGAGAACCCAGCUUUUCGAACAGAUGGAUUGAAAAUCUACCCCACGCUCGUCAUUCGAGGAACUGGUUUAUACGAGCUAUGGAGAACUGGCAGAUAUAAGAACUAUACUCCAAAUGCUCUUAUCGAUAUUGUUGCCCGGAUAUUGGCCCUCGUCCCGCCGUGGACUCGUAUCUACCGAGUUCAGAGAGAUAUCCCAAUGCCGUUGGUCACAUCUGGUGUGGAAAAUGGAAAUCUGAGGGAACUGGCUCUGAGCAGAAUGAAAGACUUUGGUACCACAUGUCGAGAUGUUCGGACUCGCGAAGUCGGCAUCAACGAGGUCAAGAAUAAGAUCAGGCCUUCGCAGGUUGAACUUGUGCGUCGAGACUACACUGCCAAUGGCGGAUGGGAGACAUUCCUGGCCUACGAGGAUCCAAAACAGGAUAUUUUGAUCGGACUCCUUCGUCUCCGCAAGUGUUCCAAGAAGUACACCUACCGACCAGAGCUUGUCGGCCAACCCACCAGCCUCGUCCGCGAGUUACACGUGUAUGGUUCUGCUGUGCCUGUUCAUGCUCGUGAUCCUCGAAAGUUCCAACAUCAAGGAUAUGGUACCUUGCUGAUGGAGGAGGCUGAGAGGAUUGCCAGAGAUGAGCAUGGCAGCGCCAAGAUCAGUGUCAUUUCUGGAGUUGGCACUCGGGAUUACUACAGAAGGCUUGGAUAUUGGCUGGAUGGUCCCUAUAUGAGCAAGAAUAUCAAACCGAGAAAUGAGGACGAGAGCGACGAUGAAUUCUGA